CUUUCACCAACCAUCCUGAUCAAGCAACCCACCUCCUUGACGGAGAGCUUGAUCUAUCAAUCUUAUCUCUGGAUACCCAAAGUCCCUCGAUGGGACUUUCGUCCAGCAAUCCCAACUUUAUCUUACUAAUGUAUCUAUAUCUAUCGAUGUAUUCUACAGCCCACGCUUACAAAAGGGGGACACGGCUUAUACGAGGCGAACAAAAUUCUUUUGGGGUUCUUUUGGUUUUUGAAUUCUGUGUAUGGCUUAUGGGAUAUGGGUUUCUUUUUUUUCUGGCGGAUAUUCCCCCUUCUGUUCUUUUUCUUUCUGGGUUCAGGGUUAGGCUUUCUUGGGGCGUUAGACACAAACUGAUUUAAACGAGGCCCGAUCUGGUCUCUUUUUCUGCCGAA